UGCCACACUGUAUUCAUGGCGGUUGAAUGCAUUUUGACUCUGUGGAACAAUAUGGGAAAGUUACCCCUUUUCAUAUUCUUCAGAGAUUCAAGGAAUGUUCUGAAAAAGGAUGAACUAGGCAUAGAAAUAGCGAACAUAGGAUUACCUGCAACAUUUGCUUUGAUGGCAGAUCCUAUUGCUUCUCUAAUAGACACAGCAUUCAUUGGCCGCAUAGGUGCCAUGGAGUUAGCUUCUGUAGGAAUUUCGGUUGCAAUUUUUAAUCAAGUAUCAAGGAUUACCAUGUUCCCACUAGUCAGUAUUACCACUUCUUUUGUUGCUGAGGAAGAAGCUACUAUUAAAUCUACUUCUGAAGCGGAAGAUUAUGAAAAUGUUGGAAGUAAUCAAGAUUUUGGCCUGGAAAUGGUGCCUCUAACUGGCAGCAGUGACAUGAAAAUAGCCAAAUCCGAGGACAAUAGAAGACGUGUACCAUCAGCAUCUUCAGCUCUGGUUAUUGGUUGCAUGCUUGGAAUACUUCAAACUUUGUUCCUUAUUUCCACUGCUAAACCUCUCUUACGUUACAUGGGCGUAAAACCUGAAUCUCCUAUGCUCAAGAUAGCCCAACAAUACUUGACAUUACGAUCACUCGGUGCUCCAGCUAUUCUUCUUUCGUUGGCUGCUCAGGGUGUUUUCCGGGGAUUAAAGGAUACUAAAACUCCCUUUUAUGCAAUCAUCAUUGGAGACUCGGUGAACAUUCUUCUCGACCCCAUAUUCAUAUUCACACUUCGUUUGGGGGUCAAUGGUGCAGCCAUCGCUCAUGUAGUUUCUCAGUAUUUAAUUUUUAUCGUACUCAUUUGGAGAUUAGUUGAAAAUGUCAUUCUAUUGCCUCCAAGUUUUAAAGAGUUACAGUUAGGUCGAUUUCUUAAAAGUGGAUUUCAGCUAUUGGUUAAGGUAAUAUCCACAACAUCUUGUAUAACCCUGGCGACUUCAUUAGUGGCUAGGCUGGGGCCAAAACCAAUGGCUGCAUUUCAGGUUUGCUUGCAGAUGUGGGUGGCAACCUCUUUGCUUGCCGAUGGACUGGCUGUUGCAGCACAAGCAAUCCUUGCAAGUGCAUUUGCGAAGAAAGAUUAUGAAAAGAUAGUGGCUGCUGCUUCUCGUGUGUUGCAGAUUGGUCUUCUUUUGGGGCUUCUGCUAUCAUUUUUUCUAGCAGCUGUAUCACAACUUGCUUCCACUUUGUUUACCAAGGAUUCCGAUGUUUUGAACCUCAUGAACAUCAGCUUUCCGGUAUAG